AUGGUUUUUCCUUGUGUUGCUCCUUGGAUUUCGGGUCGACCUGCAUGUUUGUUGCGUGUAAUUGGAUUCGCCACAUCGGAUAGUGUAAAGACGGCAAUCGAUAAAAUGAGUGGAAAAGAAUUAGAUGGAGAAAUAGUGCAGGUAACCGCACAAAAAGAUGAUCAAGAAAAUGAAGAAGGACAUUCGAAGGAAAGAGGUGAUGAACAACUGAAACAUUCAAGUGAACACAGUCGUUCGCGUACGAAUUCUGGAACAUCUGCAUCUGAUGAUGAUGAGGAUAAUGCAAAGAAAGAGGCAGAUGAUGAUGAUGAAGACGAUGAUGAUGAUGACGAAUCGGGUGAUGAUGCCGUUGAGAAUGGUGGUGAAAGUGAACAGAAUGGAAAUUACGACAAUUCUGCCAAGACUCGUAAAAGACGCUCGGAUGCUGGCAGAAAUGAUGGUGACCAUCAUGUUCAUGCACCAGAUUUAAAGAAGAAGAAACAUGAAGUCGAGGAAGAUGAUGAAAUCGAUUCGACUGCAGCGGUUGCAGCUGAUUGA